CCUCAACCACAACACCACAUCGCCAACAACCACACCUCACUGCCUAAACGAACAUUCAUAACAUUUUAUCUAGCACGUUAAACAGAAGAACCAACAAUCCACCUGAACCAGCUGAACCCACAACCCGCCCUCCCCAAAAUGAGCAAAGACUCCACCCCUCACCACAUCCACAUGCACCACCCGCGUCUAGCAGACUACUUCGAAGACUUCACGCGCCCGCACCACAACACCACCACCUCCCCCACCUCAAUCCUGCAUCUCGCCUCGUCCGCCUCCACCAACAACCUCGCUUCCUCCUCCACCAACCUCUCCUUUGCCGCCGCCGCUGCCGCUGCCGCCGCCGCCGCAGCGAACGCCAAUCCGCCCGGCACUGGGACGCCGUCGUACCUCCCCAUCGAGGAGAUCUACGUGGCGCCGCAGUUCCAGCCGCCCAACCCGGAGGAUGAGGAUGAUGUGGUGCCGGAUCAGCAUGCGGCGUUUGGGAUUAGUCGGGCGAUGAUGAUGAGGGGGUCCGGGGCGGGGGGGUUAGGGGGUGGAGAUGGGGUGGGUGGUGGGGGACAUGCUGGGGUUGGGGGCAUUGGGUGGAGGGAUUUGGGGUUGGAGGGGUUGGUGAAUGCUGGUGGAAGUACUCGUGGUGGUGUUGGGGCUGGUUCUGGGGUUAGGGUCAGGGAGGAGGGGAGGAGGAUGGGGGGGAGGAGGAGGGUGGUUUGUUUGCGGUGA